AAAAUUCAAAUCGAAUCAUUAUUAUUUUAAUAAGCGAUAUCAAUCAUCAUCAUCAUCAAAAUCACCGUCCGUAUCCAUUAUUUUAUCAUCAACAAAUAUCGACAAUACUGGACAAACGGAUCGAGAAAAGGAAAAGGAAAACAAUAUUGAUAUUAAUCGGACGGAAAUCAAACAUCAUCAUUUUUAUUUCAUUCAAAUUUGCAUAUUCAUCAUAUUCAUUCAUUAACAAUCGACGGAAGUCACCAUCAUUAUCAUUAUCAUUAGCAUCAUCAUUACUAUUAUUAUUAUUAUUAUUAUUAUCAAUUUAUGAUAAUAAUAAUAAUAAUUAUAAAAUGACCGGUGAUAAGGUCGAAGUUCAAAAUGAACCAUCAUCAAUAUUAAGUGAUGGCCAACGUGAUGAUAGUAACGGUACUGCCCAGAGCCAUUCACAACAAAGUAAUAUCCAAUCUAACAAUCAUAAUUGUAAGAAUAAUUGGUGGAAUUGUUGUUGCUGUUGUUGUUCAUGCAUAUCGAUUAAAAAUCAUUCAGAAAAGAAUACGGAAAACAAGGUUCAAUUAUCUUCCAUCGAAAAUUAUUUCAAUGAUGACAAUGAGCCUCUGCCUACGAUUGAAGAAAUCAGAAGUUGGGCAGAUUCAUUUGAUAAAUUAAUGAAAUGCAAAUAUGGCCGUAAAGUAUUUCGUGAUUUUCUUAAAUGUGAAUACAGUGAAGAGAACAUAAUGUUCUGGUUGGCAUGCGAAGAUCUUAAACGUGAAUCCGAUCCGGAAAUGAUCGAGGAAAAGGCCCGUCUUAUUUACGAGGAUUUUAUAUCCAUUCUAUCACCACGUGAGGUGAGCCUUGAUUCACGUGUACGUGAAAUAAUCAAUAAAAAUAUGAUUGAACCAACACCGAAUACAUUCGAUGAAGCUCAGUUACAAAUCUAUACGCUCAUGCAUCGAGAUUCUUAUCCACGUUUUAUAAAUUCACAAGCCUAUCGACAACUCGCACAACUGCCUACAUCAAGUCGUAAAACAAGUGCUACGUAAUAACAACAUUUGACCAAAAAAAAAAAAAAAACAAACGAAAUCAUCAUCAUCAUCAUCAUCAAUAUGAACAUCAACAAUUGAUCAAGAAUUUGAACAAAAAAAAUUCAAUUGAAUCACAUGAUGAAAUGAAAAAACAACUAUUGAUUUCUUCUCUCCUUUUUUUGGAUUCCGCUUUUUUCUCUUCCCUCCACUUACACUCACAUACACACACACACACACACCUGUAUUAUAUAAGAAAAAAACCACACGUUAUUGCUUGUUAUAUUUUCUACAAAAAAAAAAGAAUUAACAUUAUAUAUUAACCCUUUUUCAUUCUCUCUAUCAUUUCCUUUUGACUCAAUUAUAUACGAACAAUACUACCGACAACAACAACAACAAAUAAUUAUAUCACACACACCACCUACAAAAAAACGAUAUAAGAAUAAAUUAAGAUACAAUAUUUUCCUUGCAAAUUGAUGCUCUGUUACAUUACACAAAUCAAUCAAUAUUUGUAAUCGAUUCUGAUUUAUAUUCAAAACUUAGCUUUCAUCAUCAGAUUAUUAUUUCGUAGAUCGAUCGUCUUUAAAAUUUAGAUUUUAUAAAAAAAAUUAGCCAAUAAAUCCAAUAUAUAGGGCGCAAUACACAUACUAUAUAUAGUCAAAAUGAUCAACAAAAAAAAAACAAAAAAAAAAAUAAAAAAUUCUUCAAUGACAACCAAUGAAUAUUCUGAUUAUUCAAUCGAAUCACAAACACAUUUGUACACACCGCUUCUUUUUUUUCUCUAUAAUAUUCAUUCAGACAUAUAUAUUACUGGUAGAUACAAACAAACACACCCAUCCACCCACCAAAUAAACACACACAUACACACACACACACAUCAGAAUAUAUAAUCUGUGAUUAACUUACUUCUUCUUAUUCUUCGCUUUAUCUUUAUCUCUGAUUAUUAUAAAUGUUUUACAACAACAACAGCAACAACAAAAUUGAUAAUUUUUUUUUUCUUCUUUGAGUGUGUGUGUGUGUGUAUGACAUCCAUAUAUAUUAUAUAAAUAAAAAUGGCAUAUUCUAAUUCACUUCCUACACUGAAAAAAAUCAUCAUCAUCAUCAUCAUUAAAUUUUAUUCUUUAUUCUUUA